GCCAACCGCCAGUAAGCUCCAUUGAAGAAGAAGUUAUUGCCCUCUCUUCGCAAGUUAGGUUGUAAAUGUGAGAAGAUUUGACCACAUUAAGGACAACUAACCUGUGUUCAUCGAGAUUUUGGUUUCUCACACUUCUCCAGCAGGCGCCAUGAGUACGUUAUGGAUGGGAAACGUGAGUCUGUUUAAACUUAAUACACUGAGCUCCGUCUGACUGCUAACUAAGCUAGCUCUACUUUAGCCUCACGCUGUUUGAAUGGAUAAUGAAAACAACGUCUUGAAGUGAACCAGGACCCAAAUACAGACAGGUUUGGACUGAGCAGCUGUAAAAAUACAUAAACUAUCUCUACGUUAUAAUAAUUUCGAGCUAAUUUAGCUCGAAAUGAUUCAGGCACCCUUAAUAGGAGUUCAGCGAACGGCUCAAGCGACUGUACUGUGGUAGUCUGAUAUUACACAGUCUGACACUAUAGUCUGAUACAAGAGUUGGAUAUUGCAACCCGAUAUUACAGUCUGAUACGACAGUGUGAUAUUACAGUGUUUUCUACAGUCUGAUAAAACCGUAUGAUACUACCGUACAAUACUACAGUCUGAUCCCUGCUCUCCCCUCAUCUCCUCCUCAUGCUCUCCUAUCUCCUCUCCUCCUGCUCUCCCAUCACCUCCUCCUCCCCUAUCUCCUCUCCUCCUGCUCUCCUAUCACCUCCUCCUCUCCUAUCACCUUUCUCCUCUUCUCCUGCUCUCCUAUCACCUCCUCCUCCUGCAUUUCUUUUUCCUUUCCUCCUGCUCUCCCGUCUAUUAGACAAAAGUGAGUACCAGCCGGUAUAUCUGAUAUUUUAGGGCCUCCUUGACCAGCACAGCCUGAAUCUUUUCUGAUGUCUGUGUGUGUGUGUGUGUGUGUGUGUGUGUGUGUGUGUGUCUGUCUGUCUGUGUGUGUGCAGCUGGAGGCUUACAUGGACGAGAAGUUUAUCAUCCGAGCAUUUUCCACUAUGGGGGAGACUGUGGUUAAUGUCCGGAUCAUCAGAAACAAGAUGACAGGGUAAGUUUUAAAUCCACAGGUCCAGUUGUCAUGUUUAAAGACCUGGCAUUCUGACGUUUAACAGUGUGUCAUCACCCAGGGGGGCUCUGGGUUACUGCUUUGUGGAGAUGACCGAUGAGGCCACAGCUGAGAGAUGUUUACGUAAAAUCAAUGGGAAGGCAUUACCUGGAGCAAACCCGGUACGAAAAGGUUAAUUUUCUUUAAGGAAACAUGUCUGACAGCUGAAAGGCAGUGAAACUCCUCAAUUUUUCUGUCUGUCUUUCAGCCAACAAGGUUCAAGUUAAACAGGGCCACGUUUGGAAAACAGGACACCGGGUGAGUCCAUGAGAUGCCGCAGACUAACAAGAUAUUUAUGAUUAAAAGAAACAUCAUCUGACUGUUUGUUUCCAUCUGUACAGUCAGAUGUACUCUCUGUUCGUUGGAGAUCUGACUCCAGAGGUGGAUGAUGGGAUGCUCUAUGAGUUCUUCUACAACCGAUACCCAUCCUGUCGUGGAGGCAAAGUGGUGCUGGACAGCAUGGGGAAUUCCAAGUGAGAUUGAGCACAUUAUAAUUUACAGGACAAACAAAACAGAUGUCAGCUGAUAUACUGGGUUUAUUUCCUAAAUGGAGCAAGAACUUUCAUACCUUUUAUCAGAUGUUUUUAAUUUCAAGGUCAUCAAAUGUAUUUAAAAAGUGUUUAUUUUAAAAGUCCACGUUCAGUCAGACUCACACAAUAAAUCAAUUAUUUGAACAUCAUGCGCUUCUGUCUCUAUCAGGGGUUGUGGAUUUGUUCAGUUCCCAGAUGAGCGGCUGCAGAAGCGAGCAUUGGAAGAGUGUCAGGGGGCCGUGGGUCUAGGGACUAAACCUCUGAGACUCAGUUUGGCAGCUAACAAGUGAGUCUUUCUCUGAAUAUUUCAGUGUUGCACUGCAUUAAACUGUUCUUAUGUGUCUUAACUGAGCGCUGUUUCUCCUCCUCCUGAGUUUAAGGAACCGUCAGCAGCAGCAGCAGCAGCAGUCUGAAAACAAAUCCUGGCAGUCCAACUCUUCCUAUCAAUAUAACUAUGACCAGUACAACCAGUAUAAUCAGUACCAGCAGCAGGCCUACCCUGGCUACUACAGCUCCUGGGGCUAUGACCAAAACGGAGGAGGAUACGGCUACAACUACCCGCAGUAUGACUACACUCAGUAUCCCCCCCCACAGGUGAGGCCGCUUUGUGUUUAUACACCUGACAGGCAUGACAGGUCACACAACUGAGCAUCACCAACAUCAUCUCUGUUUUCAGGAGACUGAAGCUGAAGCUGAAGCUGUGCAGGAUGAUGGAAAUGAAGGUCAGUAUUUACAGGGAUUAUUCCUCUAAGCAGCCGAUGUUUGAGUUACUUUUUAAAUGUUCAUGCAGAAGGAGCCUUGUAUGAAGAAGUUAUACUGUGAUUCUUAAAAGUUUUAAGGGAUAUUCCGGCGUAAAAUUAAGUUAGGGUCAAACACACUGUGACACAGAGUUAGACACCCCCUCAAGAUAUGAAUGUUGCCGACAGCUUGCUUCUCUAGUUAUACCAACUUUAGUAACGACUACAAAUAGUAAUACACAUUGGUCUAUGGAGCCAUACACAAACCUCAACCAAAACACCACUCUAUAGCCACAAAUAGUGCUCAGACUAAACACAACUCACCUACUCUCUUCCAGCAGCCGCUUGUUUGUAGCGAGACCUCAGGCUAGUCCAUUACGGACUACAGCGGGGUGACGCAGAUCAAGGAAGAACAUUUCUGAUCAUUUCCUUGAAGUAAUAAUCACCAUAUUAAUCAUUUUGCACUGCAGACGUGGUAGUUCUUCUGCCUUAGCGUCUCGGUCUGAUUGCAUUUCCACGAAGAAAUCAUCUCCCGGUCAAACUACAGUUCUGCUGGGCUGCUCCCGUCCACCUCAAUACUGGACCAGUUUCUGAAACUGUUCUCCUCGUCAGUCACACACAAACAAACAGGAGAAAUUAUGGCCCAGGCUGAAAAACACUGCAGUUCUCUUUUAACAUUCACAUUUGUUUAGUAACAUUUACCAGAGCAUCCCUUCUAUAGGACUGAGGUUGUAUAACAGGUACAUCUCUUUAGCCCUCUGUCUCUGUCUUUCAGAUCCCAGUCCUGAGCUGGACGUGGUGGAGGAGAACAGGAAGUUCAUUGAGCUCAGUGAGGAGCUGUAUGAUGCUCUGAUUGACUGUCAGUGGCAGCCUGCUGAGUUUUCUGCAGAACAGGACUUUAUGACUUCCAGCCUGCCUGAACCCAUCUACUGCUGAGACUGAACUCUUUCUAUUCAUCUCCACAGAGUCCAUAAACUCUGUUUGCUGGAUUAAACACAGGAUGGGCUAUUUUUCUAAGAAUACUGAGGAAAACAAAGACACAAAUGGGUCUUUUUGAGUGUAAAAAGUUUAAUGAAUUGAGUUCAAUCAAAAUGUUGUAAUUUUUUUCCACUUACACUGAAUUUGAAGGCAAGAAUAAGUGGAAUAAGUCUUGCCUUCUGUUUUAGUUUUCCAUUUCCAAAGAGUUUAUUAAAGACCAGAAAGACUGAAAAGAUCUAAACGAAGAAAGACAUGCUGAGUAGUUGCUCAUAGCGUGCCCCAACAUCAAGUACAAAAACAUUUUUUCACACAUACAAUCAACAGAUGGGAUUCAGGCAAAGCCAUAAUCAGAGGACAGUUAAUAAUGUGGUCUUUCAUUAAAAACAGAAAAAGGAGAACAAAAACAUUACUGAUUUACUGCAUGAAUUAUAAAAUCUAGAAAUGAAACACAUAGAACUUUGCAACCCUCAAAUGAUUGUGGUGGUGUGGUGAUGAAUGGUAGCUGACCCUGGUCAUCGUAAGGACUUCCUGAACGCUUUCAUAUGAUUUUGGUGUUUCUACAGUAAAUAGUUUGGACACAGUUGCAAGUUAUAAACAGUAGGCCUGACCGAUAUGGAUUUUUUGGGGCCGAUGCCGAUUGUUAGGGGGGGAAAAAUCGGAUUACUGAUUAAUUGGCCGAUUUUUAACAUUUUUAUGAAGUUCUAAUAAUUACAUAUACUGGAGAUAUCUAAAGUAUACUAUAUACUGUAGAUCUACUGUAGGAUACUGCUCUUCACGCUGACAGGAAGACCGACUGAUCAAACUCGGACCAGAAAAGCGUUUUCAACUACCCCUACCCCACCACACUACGCCGCGGAUCGGUGCAUUCACAUCUUAACUCACAUUUUCGGUCCGGUCUCAUCUGGAGACAUGCAGCUGCCUCAGUAAGACAAGUAGCUCAAUCACGCAAUUACUGUUACUGGCACGGCUAACAGUGUAGCAAGGCUAAUAUCAGAUGGCUAACUCUAACUUUAGCUUGCAUAUUACAUGGUGCUUCACCGUUUACUUGGCGUGACCGAGACCAGCACAGCGGGGAACAUCGUGAAGUGUGUUGAACUGAAACUUGACUUAUUGUGUACUUCACAAACUGGUUUAUUUAACGUUAAGGUGGACCACUCUCCUCCAUGUGUCCCUGAGCUGCCUUCAGAUCCGUCACUCCGCUGUGCUGUGAGGUAGUGAGAGGAUGAACAUUUUCAUGAGGUUGUCGCGCCUUCUACAGGAUAAGUCGGGGGAUCUUUUCAAACGGUGGAACAUUUCUGAAAAUAUCAGCGAAAACCGGCGAGUUUUGGUUGAUCACCGAUUAGUCUGAAACAGGCUAAAAUUGGCUGAUUUAAUCGGCUCACCGAUAAAUCGGUCGGGUCCUAUUAAACAGGAGUCCUUUCUGCUUCUCACAAAAACUUGAGAGCAGAGAGAGGUUCAGUGUUUAAAUUCUGUGAGUCUCUUUGCUUGGAGUAACACAUUGUUGGAGACAAAACAAUUAUGGCUACAACUGUGGAAUAAAACAUGUUUGUAGAAUGUAA